AAUCAGCUGUUCAAAUGUCAAAAUGGAUUGCCUAAUCAGAAGCCAUUUGCAAGAUAGAUCCACCGGCUGGGUCAACACGAAUCAUGUCUUCGAUGACUGCUGCGUAUUUUGGCAUCUUCUGCCUCCUUCUUUUCGCAUUUCUCACUCAUUUUGUUACAGCCGACGAAAUCUGCUAUGCCUUCCAAGAUGCUGAAUUAGGCGCUUUCUUCGGACAGUUUCGCUGUGCCGAGUUCUGCUGCGGAAAUCAAAACAGAAAGUACUGCUGUAAUCAGUGUCGGAGUAGCGUGUAUCAACAUGACUGUCCAAAGGAAAUUACUGGGGAGGUGGUUGGCGGCACCUUGACCUUCAUCAUCACCAUCGUCGUUCUCUUCGUGGCGGUGAUGGCCUGUAAGUGUGGAUGCUGCAAAAAGAAUGCCCCAAAUGGAGAAAAUGGCACAACGCAAAAUCGUCUAUCUUCCCUUGCAACCCUCCUGCCCAGUCCACAGUUGCUGCGUAGGGGACUGGUCCCAGGGGCAGCGUGCUUAACAAAACCUCCUCCCUACCCUGGAGAGUCACCACCGCCGUAUUCAGAAGCAACCAAUCAAAAUUUGAAUUCAGAACCAGAUGUAACGGUUUCUGAUCUGUCGCACGAACAUGACGAAGCAUUAUUGUCUGCUGGGAAUCAAACAUGCCAUGAUGAAAGUAGAAGUAGGAAUAUAAACUCAAGUGACUCUAGUGCACAUAGAAACGUGGAAACUGAUAACUCUGCGCACCCGUUUGCGCCAAUUGAUGCAAAUGAUCCUCCACCUCCUUAUGUGUCGACGGAGAGAGUAUGAUGUCACAGUUGAUAGAAACUGACAAGACUCAUGACUAAGGACAAAACAUUUGAUUUUUUGAAAGUUUGGUGCCAAUGUGCUUGUAUUGUAUCCUUGAAAAACUGAAUCCGUAGAUUUUUUUCAUGUCUUGAUCGGAUGUUGUCGACGAAAUAGUAUCAAAAUGUACAAUGUAUUGUAAAUAAAAGUUACAAAUUUUUAACACA